AUGCCUGACAGCUACACUCACAAGAGCUCCGGCACUAACAGCCAGGGCAACCACUACUGCGCUCGCGAUUACGGCUCGAGCGCCGCCAACGACAACUCGUACCAUUAUUCCAACACUAAUGGCUCCUACUACUACUCCAAUCAUAAUGGCAGCACGUACCACAACGACGGCCAGGGCAACGCCACUUAUACCAGCCCUUCUGGAUCAACCUCUAAUUCCAGCAAGAAGUAA